UAGAAAAGAGAAACAGAAGGAAAGAUUGGAGUCAAACAUCGGGAACAGAAAGUGACAGAGAAGAUAGUCAACCUGGAAGAAAGAAAGAGGAGUAUAAGGUCAUGGUAAAGUUUAUGUCAAAGGAAGUAAAUGUCUUAAGGAAAAAUGUUUUAGGAAUUAAAACUUUACUUGGACAAAAAGUGACGUGUAGUAUGGUGGAGAGAAGGAAAUGAUUGAGAGGGGCAAUUACAGGUAUUUCUGUUGACAUCUCUGAUGAUGUAAUCAAGACAAAUAUUAAGGGACCAGAUGUUAUAGAAGCAAGAAGGCUGAAAUACGUUCAAAACAAUGAGAGAUAAGAAAGCCUAUCGGUCCUAUUUGAUGAGAAUAGAAUCCCAGAGAGAGUAUUUAUAGGAGCACUGAGUUAUGCAGUGAGACCUUAUAUUCCUCCUCCGUUGAGAUGUUAUAAAUGUCUAAAAUAUGGCCAUGUGGCAGUUGUGUGCCGAGAAAACAGCGUUGUGCGAGAUGUGAAGGGGAACAUAAAUAUGGAGAAUGCGAGGAAGGUGUAAAACAACUGCUGCAUGGGAGGAGAGCACAGUGCCGGGUAUGGAGGAUGUCAGGUGGCUAUGGUGCAAAAUGUGAAGAUAUCAGAAGGAAUAUCAUAUGAAGAGGCAAGUAAGCGAGUUAAGGAGACAGAUAAGGUAACAGAAGAGAGAGUUGACAUCCAAGGAUCAGGAAAGAAAAUAUGUAAAGAAGCAAACCGAAGGAAUGUGAUAUAAUUUCAGACAAACUGCUAUUUGUCACUUUCAUUGCAAGUAAAGAUUUGUUUAGAGAAGUAAGAGGAGAAGGUAUGUGUCAGAUAGUUUCUUCAUAACUAAUGAAGAAAAGGCGGAUGAGCUAGAAGAAGCCAUUAAGAGUCAUAGUAACAGUCACAUAUCAGAAGAUAAUAGAAUACAGAAAGACCAAAUGAGUGAGAAUCCUAAUAUACUGAUCCAAAGAAUGCCUGAGAGCACUGUGGGGUGACAGAAACAGUGGAUCACGUGUUAAUAUAUUGUGAGGAAUAUAGUAGUGAGAUAUAUAUAGUGAGAGAGCUCAAUCUGUUGAAGAACUCAAAGAAUUGAAAGUCAAACUAACAAUUAAAGAAUCUAAAUUAUUUUAUUAAGGUUUCUGAGAGAGCCAGGUUUGUUACACAAAAUUUAAGGCUUUAAAUCUUUUUUUUAGAGUAUAAAGUCCGGUAGUAUUGUCCACUUCCUCCUCCUGGUCUUCACACUCCAUCCCAGUAGGUGGCGGAAAUGCACCAAAAGCUGGUUUGCCAACCGCCAUUAAACGAAAGAAAGAAUUGUGUCUGAGGGUUUAACCGGGAAAUUUGAACUUUGAUGAGAGUUUUGUUUAGUUUACUGCUGCGAACUAGUAAAACGAAUUGUCGUUUGGAGCAGAUUUUGAUCGACAUCACGUCACAGACGGUCGAGAUCUUAACUCCGUUUGUCAACCUCCAAUAAACUCGAGAGAAGAAGAAGCUGCUGCUGUAACACGUGCGCCGUCUGUACCAGACAAUUCGUUUCUUAUUUUAUUAAAUCUCUGUUUUAGGCGAAACUACAUAGUGAUCGGUUACAUUAUUCUAUACGUCAAAGCGACUCGUCUCAUUUUCGUCGGUAUAGUGUCUGUCUGUCGAUAUUCUCAAGUGCAAAACUUUGUUUACGGACGCAGCGGCCAUUAAGUGACUGAAGAUCGAAGAUGAAGAACAUCUGUUUACUCUUUUUUACAAGUUCUUUAUUAAGUAACGGUGUGUUUGGUGAUGAGACUGAUACAGUGUCAGUGAAUGAUGGAGGAUCUGUGACUCUACACACUCAUCUUACUGACAUACAGACAGAUGAUGUGAUAGUGUGGAGGUUUAAAGGGACUCGCAUAGCUAAAAUCAACAGAGAGGUCAACAGUGAUCCAGUUUAUGAAUCUGAUGAGAGAUUCAUUGACAGACUGAAGAUGAAUCCUCAGACUGGAGAUCUCACCAUCACACACAUCACAUCUGAACUCACUGGAGAAUAUCAACUAGAGAUCGACUGUUGCGAAACGGUCAUCACAGAGUCAUUCAGUGUCAGUUUGUCUCCUAAAGUGAAGAAAGUGAAAGAGAGAGAUUCUGUCUCUCUACACAUUGAUGUUACUGAUGAACAGAGAAAUGAGAAGAUACACUGGAAGAUCAAACACAACAACUCUCCUGUAGCUGAAAUCAUUACAGAGAAUAGAAAGAUCUCAACACCUUUUAUUGAAGAGAGAUUCAGAGACAGACUGAAGCUGGAUGAUCAGACUGGAGAUCUCAUCAUCACACACAUGAAGAAUGAAGACUCUGGACAGUAUGAAGCAGAUGUCACCAUCGGAAGUGUCACACACACUGUACACUAUACAUUCAGUUUCACUGACUCAGCGAGAGAGGGAUACAGCGGUGAUGAAGUUGUUGGACCCUCCACAGCUCCAUCUUCAGGUGUGAUAGCUGGAAUAUGUGUUCCUAUUCUUGUGGUUCUUGUUGCUGUUGUUGGUGUUGUGAUCUACCGUCAGCGCAUAAUGAGACAUCAAGUUUCCGACACAGUAGAAGAGACAAAUUAACCUUUGAGGAAUGGAGCAGCAAUGGUGAUGUGCCUCCAGUGUAACAUGAUCAACAUCACACACGAUUUCGGGGAGGAUGACGUGACAGUGCUGAGGGGUGUUUGCCAGCAUAGCUCCCGAACUUCUCAACAACUUUAUUCGUGUUUUAAAUCGGCAGAAAGUGUGUUUGUCAACUGAAUUAGGCACUUUAUAGACGUAUCAACAUGUCUUGCAAGUAAGGAAGCACCUGUCAGUCGGAAAAGGGGCCGAAAGUCCAACGAAAUCUGCGGAGCAGAACCGCCGAAGCUGAUGCACAAGAUUGCGGCAUGUGUGAGUGUGUAUACCCAGGAAAGCUCACGCAAGAAGUUACGGAAUGUGUCGGCAAUAUUUUGGAGGAAAUUUGCGAAUGCAUUAGACGCGAGGGGAUGGAACAUAAGCUGAGGGAAUUCUAUGCGAUUCCUGGCACUCGUCUUCUUUACACACGAGGGCAGAAAGUACUCGUUCCAGAACCCGCAAGAGGCGCAGGCUUUCGUUGCUGGUUCGCCUCUCAGCGUCAUUAACCCUGAACUCUUCUAUUAUCUUUCAUGGGUUGAUCGCCGGUUGGCGACAUGUGUUAUUUGUUCAAUUUGUUCUUUUCUCCUUUUUGUACUUUUUUACUUUCUAUGGCUGAUAUUUUGCAGACCUUCUGUUGGUUUUGUAGAACAUGCAUUCAGUUGUGUCACUCACUUCCAAUUCCUGUCAUGUACUCUCUGCAGCUGGAGUAUACAGUCUUAUCUACAGCUAAUGCAUAUUUUUGGUCAAUCUUUAAGGUAUGAGUGAUAUUAAGAUUAAUUUGUUAAAUGUUAAUUGGGUCUACCAUGUUAUUACAAGGCAAAAAAAAAUUUCUUUUCUCAAAAAAGAACAGGCCUAGAUCGGUUUCCUUCAAGAGACACGAUUGACGUUUGAAGCUCAGGCGAGGAUGGGUCGGUCAGGCAUUUUUAUCUUCCUUUAAUUCUCACAGUAGGGGGCUGCGAUCCUGAUUCAUAAGAAGUUAAAUUUCAAACUUGAGGAGACGAAGAGAGAUGCGAGGGAACGUUACAUUCUAGUUGCGGGUCAGCUUUUUGGGGAAAGAGUGCUUGUUGGAAGUAUAUAUGCCCCUAACACUUUAUAUAUGCCCCUUACACCUAACCUUAGCCUGAUUUAAUUGCUGAUAUUUCAUCAUUUUCAGUUGAUCGAAUGCUUCUCGGGAAGUUUUCAAUUGUGUUGUCAAACCCGUGUGGGACUUAAGCCCACCAAAACAUAACAUUUCGAGACAAACCACUAGAUUGAAGCAACUUUGUGAGGACUUGGGCCUACUCGAUACAUGGAGAGUAAUAAACCCAAAAGAUAAAGAGUUUACAUUUUAUUCUCGACCACAUAAGAUGUCCUCUAGAAUAGAGUUUCUAUGCAAAUUUUGGACCGAGUUAAACGGUGUGAGAUAGACGUGUGCUCUAUAUCGGAUCACAAUCCAGUUUGGGCAUCCAUUUCCCCACCCUAUUAUGACUCUGCCUCCCGUCACUGGCGUUUCAAACCUGCUCUGCUAAGUGACCCAAAGUUUGUGGAGUUCAGCAUUAAAAUGACUUUUCUGCUGAAUGUGACGCUUGAGGUAAUCCAUCUUCAAUUCAGUCCACAUUUUUCCAUCUGACAACUCGCUGGCUACUUUGGCUUCGCAGCAUGUUUUGCAGAGGAGCCCUUUCUCGCUCGAAAAAGAAAAAAAUCUCAUCCAGUUUCACAUCUUGUUCUUCUGUUUGCACAUUCUCUGACAGCCAUUCCAUCUUAAAAGAACCACAUUUCUUUUUUACUUUGGCUUGGUGAGUGGAUGAGCCACUGCCCGUUCGUUUCGCCAUAGUAAAGGGUUAGCUAGCUUAACCUUUGCCGCCGCACCAUCAGCUAUAUGCUAAACUGCUAAACAGCGUCUCUUACACAAAAAGCGCUGUUAAUGACAUUGAUUGGCUCUGUAGUAAAUACGUGUGAGCCGCAUCAUGUCAUUGGCUGGACAAUCAUUGUUGUACUGUAGUUACCACUUGUUGUGCUAUAACCACUGAGCUACAGGAACUUCAGGAAAUCUCAGGUAGCCCAUUAAUCAUCAUGAAGUUCUCUUUCACGUCUUGUAUAUGUUCUUGUCAAAAAGGUUUACAGGGCACAUUCUGCACAGGAACUUGCCUUAAAACGACAUUUUAUUAUAACUAUUAAAAGUUAAAUAGAUUUAAUUAGAAUGUAAAUAAACUGCUGGCAACUACUUGAAAAUUGUAUAACUUGCUUUUGUACUUUAGUUUGGAACUUUUCUGCUUUGUUGAACUUUAA